CCAACACUCCUCUCCAAUUCCAGCACAGCUCCACCAUGUUUUCCUCAUUUGCCUCAAAGCUCUUGAACACCUUGGAACAGUCUGCUGAGACCCUCAAGUCCAACAUCGUUCCCAACGUCUCCAGCACCAACGAUACGUACUUCAAAAGUGCAGAUGGCUCUCUCUAUGGUUUCAGAGUCCUCCACGUCGAGCCUUCUUCUCCUGCUGCUUCCUCAGGCCUAGAGCCAUGGUUCGACUAUAUCAUUGGCAUCAACAACCACGAGCUCACCACAAACCCCCUAGCAAACGACCUCCAGUACAGCCCGUACAACUACCAAAACCAAUUCGUUAACAACCAGCUUUUACCUGAUUAUGCCUCCUUCUUGGACGAAAUCAACAACUCAAUAGGCACUUCAAUCACUUUAACUGUCUGGAGUGCAAAGGGUGGCACAACAAGACAAAUUUACUUUCCAAUUGAUCAAAAUAACGAUAUCUUAGACGAAAUCAAUAUUCAUUCUUCAACCAAUUCCCUACAAAAUAAUAACACAGGCAAUAACAACAACAACAUCAAUAUAAAAUUCAACAAAAUUGGCAUCUCCUUCCAACUAACUUCUCUAGUCUCUGCAACAUACGUCUACCACGUAAUCGAAAUCCAAAAAAACUCUCCUGCUUACCAUGCUAAACUAAUCCCUCACAGCGAUUAUAUAAUUGGCAUCGAAAAUGGCUUACUUGCUACUGGCGGUGAAGACCUAUUCGGCAGAGUUAUAACCUCAAUUUACAAUCGAAACCCUUCAAACUCAACCAUAAACCUAUUGGUGUACAACCACGACUUUGAUUUAAUUAGGCACGUUAAAAUCAAACCAAACAACAACUGGGGUGGUAGUGGUCUAAUUGGUUGUUCUGUAGCUUAUGGUUAUCUACAUCGAAUUCCUCAAAUUAUCAAUGGUAAUGAUAAUGAUAAUGAUAACAAUAUCGCCAACAACAAUGAUAUCAAUGAUAUCAAUGAUAUCAAUCAUAAUCCAGAUUCAAACAUAAAUUCAUAUAUUCAACCAAAUAUUGGAUCCAAUAUCAAUAACGAUUAUGAAAAUCAAUACAACCAAUACAUAAACCAAAACAACACUAUUGACAAUACCCCAUUUAUUCCUUCUCAACUAAUUUCUCCUCCUCCUCCUCCUUCUCAAUCUAUUACCAAUCCCUCUUUACCUCCUCUCUCUUCUCUACCAUUAACCACCCAAAGGCUUCCCACAAGUAGAAGAAAAAAGCGCAACUCUCUCUCUAAAAAUAAAAACGUCGAUCUCAGUAGCUACUUUGAAGAACAGAUUAAUAAAAGUCAUCAAGUUGAUGGCGAUGUAAAACAUGAUAAAAUUGAUUCUUUACCACCUCCUCCUAAGAAGAAGUAGUUUUUAAAUUAUCUUUUAUCCAUUUCUAUCCAUUUCUAUCCAUUUUUAUCCAUUUUUAUCUAUCUUAUCUAUCUUAUCUAUCUUAUCUAUCUUAUCUAUUUCCAUUUUUACCUCUACUUAAUUCACCGAGUAUAUAUCAAUAUAACAUUUCAAAUUCGUCCAAAUCCCCUCAAAAGAAGGAACUUUAUUCUAAUUUUUCAUCCUUAUAAUCCAAAAUCAACUUCAAGCACGUGAUGUUUACCUAUAAAAAACAAAAUUUUACUUUAUCUAUAACAACAUAAUACUUUUAUUAAUACUUUAACACUUUAACACUUUAUUAUUUGGUCGGAUUGAAAUAAAUAUCGGAACCAUUAUCAAUUAUCUCAUCUUCUACCAGAAUAUCGUCCAUUUCUUCCAUCUCAUUCACCAAGUCGUCAAAUUCAA